UUUACGCCAACCGCCGAGCACGGCUCUCUCUGGUAACUGAAUAGCCAGUGUAAUCUGACACUUCAACUUGCCGUGCUCUACGAUAGUUGAUUCAGUCACUCAGUCACAGCGUCUUCGGAGCUCUCACGUCCCCUUUGUGAAGGGAAGCGAGCGAGCGAGGGAAGCAUCGUAAACACGAGGUUUGGAGACACAGUACGCCGCUUUGCCACUGAGGUCCGAGCUCAAAAUCACCACUUAAGGAGAGGUCAGCGAGGGAUCCUGUGUGAGGAAUACAUGACGGGCGGGGUGGGGGAGGGGGUGGCGACCACAGCGGCACUACCACCGAGGUCAAGGUUCACACAGACUCGCUCUGUGAUUGAUGAGGAUUAAGAAACAGAUUUCGCCUAAUAGGAAACACAAGAACGUCCUCAUCCAAACUGAGUAAAAGAGCUCUUUAAUGGAGUCCCGAUAGAGACAUCAAGAUGAACACGUUACCAUCAAUGGACCGGCACAUCCAGCAGACCAAUGACAGGCUGCAGUGCAUCAAACAGCACUUACAGAACCCAGCCAACUUCCACUCAGCGGCCACAGAGCUGCUCGACUGGUGUGGAGAUCCCCGGGCCUUCCAGCGACCUUUCGAGCAAAGUCUCAUGGGAUGUCUGACGGUGGUGAGUCGCGUUGCUGCUCAGCAGGGGUUUGACUUGGACCUGGGCUACAGGCUGCUGGCUGUAUGUGCUGCCAACAGGGACAAAUUCACUCCUAAAUCUGCAGAAACCAGCACCUGCAGGAGAUGUCAGAGUGAUUCAGCCCUGCUGUCGUCGUGGUGCGAGGAGCUGGGUCGCCUCCUCCUGCUGCGUCACCAGAAGAACAGGCAGAACGAACCGCAGGGAAAAGUCCCCAUGCAGCCUAGCAUGAACAGCAUGAAGCCCGGCCUCACUCACAGUGAUGGCUCCUUUCCCUAUGACUCUGUCCCCUGGCAACAAAACGCUAACCAGCCCCCUGGGUCAUUGUCUGUGGUUACAACAGUGUGGGGUGUUACCAACACAUCACAGAGUCAGGUGCUGGGUAACCCAAUGGCAAACAACAAUAACCCAAUGAAUCCUGGGGGUAACCCAAUGUCGUCGGGCAUGUCUGGCAAUGCAGCAGGGCUUAAUUCACCCCAGUUCAAUGCUCAGCAGCAGCAGUUCCCAAAUAAAGGAGGUUCCAGCCAAUCAUACAUGCAGCAGAGCAUGUACAGCAGGCCUGGCUACCCUGCUGGUCCUGGAGGAUACAGUGGGAGUUACUCUGGAGGCCCAAAUGCACCGCCAGGAGGUAUGGGAAUGGCCUCCCACACACGUCCUCCUGGUGACUUCACCCAGCCAGCUGCUGCUGCUGCUGCUGCUGCUGUCGCUGCUGCUGCUGCUACCGCGACAGCCACGGCAACAGCCACUGUAGCAGCUCUGCAGGAAACCCAGAAUAAAGACAUAAACCAGUAUGGACAGAUGUGUCCGUCGUUCCAAAUGGGCCAUGCUCCAGCCUACAAUAGCCAGUUUAUGAAUCAGCCAGGCCCACGAGGUCCACCUGGGGGAAUGAAUCCAUCCAGCAUGGGAUCUGCCAUGAACAACCCUAAUAUGAGUGGGCCACCAAUGGGUAUGAACCAGGCUCGAACCCCAGGCAUGACGCCAUUUGGAGCUCACAGCCAGAGGAUGCCUCAGCAAGGGUAUCCCGGUGGACCUCGACAGGGCAUGCCCAUGCAGGGGAUGAAGAGGCCAUAUCCUGGGGAGGGAAGCUAUGGAGGUCAGCAGUAUGGGCCAAACAGUCAGUUCCAACAGCAGGGGCAGUAUCCCACAUCAAAUGCCUCCAGACCGCUGCCCUCUCCUAACUACCCCAGCCAGAGGAUGUCCGGGCAGCAGGGCCAAGGACAGUACCCACCUGGCAUGCCCAUGAGCCAGUACUAUAAGCAAGAGCCCUUCAAUGGUCAGGGCACCAACUUUUCCGGAGGUGGAUACUCUUACGGCCAAGGCAGCGGGCCCCCCAGGCCCGGUAACUACCCACACUCCCCGGUCCCUGGAAACCCUACACCUCCUAUGACCCCAGGAAGUAGUAUUCCUCCGUAUCUGUCGCCAAACCAGGAUGUGAAGCCCCCAUUUCCAGCCGACAUGAAACCAAAUAUGACAGCGCUUCCGCCCCCUCCAACUAACCCCAAUGAGGAGCUGCGGCUGACAUUCCCAGUCAGGGAUGGAGUGGUGCUGGAACCGUUCCGUUUGGAGCACAACCUGGCUGUCAGCAACCACGUCUUCCACCUUCGACCCUCCGUCCAUCAGACCCUCAUGUGGAGGUCUGACCUCGAGCUGCAGUUUAAAUGCUACCAUCACGAAGACAGGCAAAUGAACACCAACUGGCCUGCUUCCGUCCAGGUCAGUGUCAACGCUACGCCUCUCACCAUCGAGAGGGGAGACAACAAAACCUCCCACAAACCCCUGCACCUGAAGCACGUUUGCCAACCUGGAAGGAACACCAUUCAAAUUACGGUCACCGCGUGCUGUUGUUCCCACCUGUUUGUGCUUCAGCUGGUCCACAGGCCAUCUGUGCGUUCUGUCCUCCAGGGGCUCCUGAAGAAGAGACUCCUUCCCGCAGAACACUGCAUCACCAAGAUUAAGAGGAACUUCAGCAGCGUGGCAGCCUCGGCAGGCAACACUACUCUUAACGGGGAAGACGGCGUGGAACAGACGGCCAUUAAAGUGUCUUUGAAAUGUCCCAUCACGUUCCGACGCAUCCAGCUACCUGCACGAGGGCACGACUGCAAACAUGUUCAGUGCUUUGAUCUGGAGUCCUAUUUGCAGCUCAACUGUGAGAGGGGGACAUGGAGGUGUCCUGUGUGCAAUAAAACGGCAUUAUUAGAAGGUCUGGAAGUGGAUCAGUACAUGUGGGGAAUCCUCAAUGCCAUCCAAAACUCAGAGUUUGAGGAGGUAACUAUAGACCCCACGUGUAGCUGGCGACCUGUCCCCAUUAAGUCUGAGUUACACAUCAAAGAAGACCCAGACGCACCGCUGGCCAAGCGCUUUAAAACCAUGAGUCCGAGUCAGAUGACCAUGCCUAAUGUAAUGGAAAUGAUCGCCCAGCUAGGACCUGGGCCAGGACCUGGUCCAAGCCCAUACCCAACGCAUCCCGGUCAACAUGUCAGUGGCAACGGGGGAGAAUACGCUGGAACAGGCAACAGCUACCACAGCCAUGGGAAUUUUGACUUCCCUCACGGGAACCCCACCGGCAGUGGAGGAGGCGGAGGGGGUCCCCCUAUGAAUGAUUUCAUCCAUGGACCUCAGCUAUCCCAUCCCCCAGAAGGACCUGGUGGUCUCCUCCCGCAGGAUAAGCCCCUCAGCCACAGCAUGAAUGAUCCAAUGUCCCAUUCCGAUCAGUCCCAUAACUCCAUGCAGCAGCAGAGCUUGCAUGUGUCUCCCCACCCCGGCAGCCAAACAGGGCCGCCUUUACAUCACAGUGGCCAGUCAGGGCAGCCCUUGCAUCACAGUGGCCAAUCAUCGCACCCGCCUCGCCAGUCUCAGCCUCCGCCACAGCCUCAGCAUCCCGGGCAGAACAGUCACCCCCACAGCGAUCUGAACUUUAACCCCUCCUCAGAUGGGCAGAUGGGUCAGGGAGCCCAGGAUAUGCCUGAACCCUCCCUGGAUUUGCUUCCAGAACUCGCGAAUCCAGAAGAGUUACUCUCAUACCUGGACCCUCCCGACCUUCCCGCCAACAGCAACGACGACCUCCUCUCCCUUUUCGAGAACAACUAGUACUUCACCUCCCCCACAAACCCUCAUUCACCCGCAGGAGUCGUGAUGUGUCGGACCGCUCCGUCCACAGAUGCCUCGCGAACCUCCUGUUAACACUUCGAAACAGCUUUCUAUGCUUAUGCACGUCCACAUAAACAGAGAAUGUGGAGCAUAGGAGCACAGCUGAAAAAAAAAGCACCUGUUUGGGAACUCCGAGGGAGAGAGCAGGAAAGCCUCUCAUCCCCCCGCACUCCCUUCUUUUGCUUGUGCAAAGAUUCAACACACCAGUUCUGCCACCUCUGACUCAAAACACACCAUUUACAGCCAUGUUGGUGGGCACUAAAGUGAUUUUAUAUAUACAUAUAUAUAUAUGUGUGUGUGUGUGU